GUGUACUUGUAUAUGUUUGUAAUUGUUACAUUUUUUGAUUUAUUUCGAGUUAAAUGUAUGUAUGUAAUGGUGAGUGAAUUUGAAUUGCAUCGGCCUCAGUUUUAAAAAUAAAAGUGACGAAAGCUAAUGUGAAUCGUGUACAUCGAGUCGCCGAUAAUUUGGAAUUUGUUUAAUGUAUCAUGAUUUCCGCCCAUUAAUCUGAUCAGAAGUUCAUCAUAAUUUGGAUCGGUGUUUGUAUUUUGGAUACGAUUUAUCAGAAAGUAUUUAAUCCGAGUGUAAUAUCCCAGCAUUUGGGUUAUCCAACAUGGAUAAUCCAUUGCCAGCCGUGCCUAAAGAUGUGAAAAUAUUGGAAAGCGCUGAAGAUAUCCAAGAGCGAAGAGACCAGGUACUUUCACGCUAUGGAGAGUUCAAAACUGGUGCUCGAUCUAAACGAGAGAAGUUAGAAGAUUCGCGUCGUUUUCAAUAUUUUCGACGAGAUGCCGACGAAUUGGAGUCAUGGAUUUACGAAAAGCUGCAAGCGGCUUCGGACGAAAGUUACAAAGACCCGACCAAUUUACAGGCGAAAAUACAAAAACAUCAAGCUUUCGAAGCUGAAGUCGCUGCCCACAGCAAUGCAAUUGUUGUACUUGAUAAUACCGGCAAAGAAAUGAUAAGUCAGGAGCAUUUCGCUUCUGAUAAGAUUAAAAAACGAUUGGACGAAUUGCAUCGAUUAUGGGAAAUCCUGUUGGCCAAAUUGGCCGAAAAAGGAGUCAAACUUCAUCAAGCUUUGGUCUUGGUGCAAUUUUUGAGACAAUGUGACGAAGUCAUGUUCUGGAUUAACGAUAAAGAAACUUUUGUGACCGCUGACGAAUUUGGAGCCGAUUUAGAACACGUCGAAGUGUUGCAGCGGAAAUUUGACGAAUUUCAGAAAGACAUGGCUGCUCAAGAGUAUCGUGUCUCUGAAGUGAACGAAAUCGCCGAUAAAUUAAUCUUGGAAGGACAUUCCGAACGAGAGACGAUUGCGAAACGCAAAGAAGAAUUGAACAAAGCUUGGUUGUAUUUGAAACAAUUAGCGACCAUGAGACAAGAUAAAUUAUUCGGAGCUCACGAAAUCCAAAGAUUUAAUCGAGACGCCGACGAAACUGUCGCCUGGAUCACCGAAAAAGACGUCGUAUUGUCUUCGGACGAUUAUGGAAGGGAUUUAGCUACCGUUCAAACCCUUCAACGUAAACACGAAGGAGUAGAACGUGAUUUAGCUGCCCUGGAACAUAAAGUAUCCACUUUAGGACAAGAAGCUACCAGAUUAUGCGAAAUUCACGCCGAUCAUGGCGAACAAAUAAAAGCCAAACAAGAGGAAAUCGUCAAAUAUUGGGUCGAUUUGACUACCAAAGCAAAGCAUAGGAAACAAAACCUCGACGAGUCGUACUUCCAACAUAAAUUCUUGGCAGAUUUCAGAGAUUUAACAUCUUGGAUCAACGAUAUGAAAGCCAUUAUUCAGGCCGACGAAUUAGCCAAAGACGUAGCCGGAGCAGAAGCAUUACUCGAACGUCAUCAGGAACACAAGGGUGAAAUUGAUGCCAGAGAAGAUAGCUUCAGAUCGACCGAUGAAGCCGGACAAACUCUCGUGAACAGAAAUCAUUUCGCUGCUGAAGAUAUAAAAGAUAAACUAGCUGCUUUAUCUUCGGAAAAAGCCUCUUUGGUUACUUUGUGGGAGGAACGAAGGAUAUUGUAUGAGCAGUGCAUGGAUUUACAGCUCUUCUAUCGGGAUACUGAACAAGCCGAUACUUGGAUGGCCAAGCAAGAAGCUUUCUUAUCUAACGAAGACCUCGGAGAUUCAUUAGACAGUGUCGAAGCUCUGAUCAAGAAACACGAAGAUUUUGAAAAAUCUCUGGCAGCUCAAGAAGAAAAAAUCAAAGCAUUGGAUGAAUUCGCCACUAAACUCAUCGAAGGUCAGCAUUACGCUGCCGAUGACGUGGCUCAGCGUAGAUCAAUGCUUCUCGAAAGACGCUCAGCUUUAUUGGAGAAAUCCUCCGAAAGACGUGCUGUUUUGGAAGACUCGUACAGACUUCAGCAAUUCGAACGAGAUUGCGAUGAAACCCAAGGUUGGAUCAACGAAAAACUGAAAUUCGCCACCGACGACAACUAUCUCGACCCGACCAAUCUGAAUGGCAAGGUCCAAAAACACCAGAAUUUCGAACAGGAGCUGAACGCUAAUAAGUCUAGAAUGGAGGAAAUCACAUCCACUGGCCAAGAGUUAAUCGAAUCGCGUCAUUACGCUGCUUCUCGAAUUCAGUCCAGAAUGGAUGAAAUAAUCGAAUUAUGGGAAACUUUAGUCGCAGCGACGGAGAAAAAAGGUGAAAAGUUGCAAGAGGCUUCGCAACAACAACAAUUCAAUCGAACCGUCGAAGAUAUCGAAUUAUGGUUAUCCGAAAUAGAAGGCCAACUGCAAAGCGAAGAUUAUGGAAAGGAUUUGACCAGCGUUCAAAACCUGCAAAAGAAACACGCUUUAUUGGAAGCUGACGUCAGUUCGCAUUUAGAUCGUAUCGAGAGUAUUCGAGCAGCAGCCGAUGAAUUCAUUCAACGUGGCCAUUUCGACGCCGAUAAUAUUCGAGCCAAACAAGUAGCGUUAUGCGAUCGUUACAACGCUCUUCAGAAACCGAUGAAUAUCAGGAAACAAAAGUUGCUCGAUUCUUUACAAGUUCAACAGCUUUUCCGCGACGUCGAAGAUGAAGAAGCUUGGAUUCGUGAAAAGGAACCCGUUGCCGGAUCUACAAAUCGAGGACGUGAUUUAAUCGGCGUGCAAAACUUGAUCAAAAAACACCAAGCUGUGUUGGCCGAAAUAAACAACCACGAGAAUCGUAUCGGAAUUGUUACUCAAGCUGGAAAUCAAAUGGUCGAAGAAGGUCAUUUCGCUAGCGAAGAUAUUAAAGCCAGAAUUGCUAAUUUAAACACUCACUGGAAUCAACUCAAAGAAAAGGCUGUCAAGCGUAAGCAAGAUUUAGAAGAUUCGUUACAAGCUCAUCAGUACUUUGCCGACGCCAAUGAAGCUGAAUCGUGGAUCAAGGAAAAAGAACCGAUUGUCUUGAAUCAAGAUUACGGUAAAGAUGAAGAUUCGGCUGAAGCUUUGUUGAAAAAACACGAAGCUUUGGUAUCCGAUUUGGAAGCUUUCGGCAAUACCAUUCAAUCGCUCAAAGAACAAGCCAAAGCAUGCAAGCAACAAGAAACUCCCUCUAUUGACAUCACCGGCAAAGAAUGUGUGGUCGCUUUGUACGAUCAUACUGAGAAAUCACCUCGUGAAAUUUCCAUGAAGAAAGGAGACGUUCUAACGUUGUUGAAUUCUAAUAAUAAAGAAUGGUGGAAAGUCGAGGUAAACGACAGACAAGGUUUCGUUCCGGCAGUUUUCGUGAAGAAAAUCGAAACCACUUUGACAGCUUCGCAACAGAAUUUGGCCGAUAGGAACUCGAUUUCGGCUCGUCAAAAUCAAAUUGAGCAACAGUACGAGCAUCUGUUGGCUUUGGCCCGAGAACGACAGAAUAAAUUGAACGAGACCGUCAAAGCUUACGUUUUGGUUCGAGAAGCGUCUGAAUUAGCUACGUGGAUUAAAGAUAAGGAAAGCCACGCCCAAAUUCAAGACGUCGGCGAAGACCUCGAACAAGUGGAAGUUAUGCAGAAGAAAUUCGACGACUUCCAAUCGGAUCUGCGAGCUAACGAAGUUCGAUUAGCCGAAAUGAACGAAAUAGCUCUACAGCUGAUGAGCCUCGGCCAAACCGAAGCCGCGUUGAAGAUUCAAACCCAAAUGCAAGACUUGAACGAAAAGUGGACAUCUUUGCAAACGUUGAGCUCCGAACGAGCUGCUCAACUCGGAAGCGCUCACGAAGUUCAGAGAUUCCAUCGCGAUGUAGACGAAACCAAAGACUGGAUCCAAGAAAAGGAUGAAGCUUUGAAUAACGACGAUCUAGGAAAAGAUCUGCGUUCCGUUCAGGCCCUGCAGCGUAAACACGAAGGAUUAGAACGAGAUUUAGCCGCAUUGGGUGACAAGAUCAAACAAUUGGACGAAACUGCGAACAGAUUGAUGGCCUCGCAUCCCGAUACAGCCGAUCAAACGUACCAAAAACAGAAGGAGAUUAACGAAGAAUGGACUCAACUGACAGCCAAAGCGAAUUCGCGUAAAGAGAAGCUGCUCGAUUCGUACGAUCUACAAAGAUUUUUAUCUGAUUAUCGUGAUCUGAUGUCUUGGAUCAACUCGAUGAUGGGAUUAGUCUCCAGCGACGAAUUGGCCUCCGACGUGACCGGAGCCGAAGCUUUACUCGAACGUCACCAAAAUCACAGAGCUGAAAUUGACAUGCGUUACGGAGUACCUUCGCAAGUGGAACACCGGACCGAGAUCGAUGCCAGAUCAGGAACCUUCCAAGCAUUCGACAUGUUCGGACAACAAUUACUCCAGUCUGGACAUUACGCCAGCGUGGAAAUUCAAGAAAAAUUGGAAAGCUUGGCCGAAGCUCGUCAAGAACUAGAAAAUGCUUGGGUAGCCAGACGAAUGCAAUUAGACCAGUGCUUGGAGCUGCAGUUGUUCUAUCGUGACUGCGAACAAGCCGAGAACUGGAUGUCUGCUCGUGAAGCUUUCUUGGCUUCUGAAGAAGUUGACUCUAAAGGCGAUAAUGUCGAAGCUCUGAUCAAGAAACACGAAGAUUUCGAUAAAGCUAUCAACGCUCAAGAAGAGAAAAUAUCCAUGUUGCAAACCUUGGCCGACCAGUUGAUGGCUUCGAACCAUUACGCAUCCCCCGAUAUCGACAACAAACGUAAACAAGUAUUGGACAGAUGGCGUCACUUGAAAGACGCUUUGAUCGAUAAACGCCAAGAACUGGGAGAAUCUCAAACGUUGCAACAAUUCAGUCGCGAUGCCGAUGAAAUUGAGAACUGGAUCGCCGAAAAAUUACAACUCGCCACUGAAGAAAGUUACAAAGAUCCGGCUAAUAUCCAAUCGAAACACCAGAAACAUCAAGCUUUCGAAGCCGAACUCGCAGCUAACGCCGAUCGUAUCCAAAGUAUUUUGGGCAUGGGCCAAAAUUUGAUCGACAAACACCAAUGCGCCGGAUCAGAAGAAGCUGUCCAUACGAGAUUGAUCUCGAUCGCCGACCAAUGGGAAUUCCUGGCGCAAAAGACCACCGAAAAAUCGCUCAAAUUGAAAGAAGCCAACAAACAGAGAACGUAUAUCGCAGCUGUGAAAGAUUUAGACUUCUGGCUGGGCGAAGUUGAGUCUCUAUUGACCUCCGAAGAUUCUGGUAAAGAUUUAGCUUCGGUUCAGAAUCUAAUCAAAAAGCAUCAUCUGGUCGAAGCUGAUAUUCAAGCUCACGACGAUCGUAUCAAAGAUAUGAACGCUCAAGCGGAUUCUCUCAUAGAAAGUGGCCAAUUCGACGGAUCCAGUAUCCAAGAACGAAGACAAUCGAUUAACGAACGAUACGAACGUAUUAAGAACUUAGCUGCUCAUCGACAAGCUCGUUUGAACGAAGCUAACACCCUACAUCAGUUCUUCAGAGAUAUCGCCGACGAAGAAUCUUGGAUCAAGGAAAAGAAAUUAGUCGUUGCCUCCGACGAUUACGGACGCGAUUUGACCGGAGUUCAGAACUUGAAAAAGAAGCACAAACGUUUGGAAGCCGAAUUAGCGUCUCACGAGCCGGCCAUUCAAGCUGUCCAAGAAGCUGGUGAAAAAUUGAUGGAUGUGUCGAAUCUGGGUGUACCAGAAAUUGAACAGCGAUUGAAGUUGUUGAACGAAGCUUGGUCCGAGCUCAAAGGAAUGGCCGCCACUAGAGGACAAAAAUUGGACGAAUCGUUGACCUUCCAACAAUUUUUGGCCAAGGUUGAAGAAGAAGAAGCUUGGAUCAGCGAAAAACACCAACUUUUGUUGGUCGAAGAUUACGGCGACACGAUGGCAGCUGUGCAAGGAUUAUUGAAGAAACACGACGCUCUCGAGACAGAUUUCGCUGUGCAUAGAGAACGUUGCUCGGAUAUCUGCGCCACUGGCGAUAAAUUGGUAGCUGCUAAAAAUCAUCACGCUCCGGUCAUCACCCAACGUUGCCAGCAACUUCAGAUGAAAUUGGAUAAUCUGUCAACGUUGGCUUCGCAUCGUAAGACAAAAUUACUCGAUAACUCGGCAUAUCUGCAAUUCAUGUGGAAAGCUGACGUAGUCGAAUCGUGGAUAGCGGACAAAGAAACCCACGUCAGAUCCGAAGAAUACGGACGCGAUUUAUCCACCGUACAAACACUGCUCACUAAACAGGAAACCUUCGACGCUGGUUUACACGCCUUCGAACACGAAGGUAUUCAGAACAUAACCUCGUUGAAAGACCAAUUAAUCGCAGCCAAUCACGACCAAAGUCCAGCUAUUUUGAAAAGACACGGUGACGUUAUCCUCAGAUGGCAGAAACUACUCGGAGAUUCGACAGCUCGUAAACAACGCUUGUUACGUAUGCAAGACCAAUUCAGACAGAUCGAAGAAUUAUACCUUACCUUCGCCAAGAAAGCAUCGGCGUUCAACUCGUGGUUCGAAAACGCCGAAGAAGAUUUGACCGACCCGGUUAGAUGUAAUUCGAUCGAAGAAAUUAGGGCUCUUAGAGACGCCCACGCCCAAUUCCAGGCUUCUUUAUCUUCGGCUCAGGCUGAUUUCGAAGCUUUGGCCGCUCUUGAUCAGCAAAUUGAGAGCUUCAAUGUGGGACCAAAUCCGUACACGUGGUUUACGAUGAACGCUUUAGAAGAAACAUGGCGUAAUUUGCAGAAAAUUAUUAAGGAACGCGACGUUGAAUUAGCCAAAGAAGCCCAAAGACAAGAAGAUAACGAUAAGUUGAGAAAAGAGUUUGCCAAACACGCGAACGCUUUCCAUCAAUGGCUCACAGAGACUAGAUACGAACUGCUUGGUUGGAGCGGAACAUCAAUGAUGGAAGGUUCCGGAUCGUUGGAACAGCAAUUAGAAAGUACCAAGCGCAAAGCUAUGGAAGUUCGUUCUCGUCGUUCGGAUUUGAAGAAAAUCGAAGACCUGGGAGCGACGUUAGAAGAGCAUUUGAUUCUAGAUAACCGAUACACGGAACACAGUACCGUAGGCUUAGCUCAGCAGUGGGAUCAGUUAGAUCAGCUAGGAAUGCGAAUGCAGCAUAAUCUAGAACAACAGAUCCAAGCUCGUAACCAAUCCGGUGUCAGCGAAGACGCUCUGAAAGAAUUCUCUAUGAUGUUCAAGCAUUUCGAUAAAGAUAAAUCUGGUCGAUUAAAUCACCACGAAUUUAAAUCCUGCUUAAGAGCUUUGGGUUAUGAUUUACCUAUGGUCGAAGAAGGUCAACCUGAUCCUGAAUUCGAGGCUAUUCUCGAUGCUGUCGAUCCGAACCGAGACGGAUAUGUUUCUUUGCAAGAAUACAUGGCUUUCAUGAUUAGUAAAGAAACAGAAAACGUCGAAAGCUGCGAAGAAAUUGAAAACGCCUUCAGAGCUAUCACAGCCGCCGACAGACCUUACGUUACGAAAGAAGAAUUAUACGCUAAUCUUACGAAAGAAAUGGCGGACUACUGCGUAGCUCGAAUGAAACCAUACGUCGAUCCAAAAACAAACCACCCUAUUUCAGGCGCUUUGGAUUACGUGGAUUUCACGCGUACACUAUUCCAAAGUUAGAAUUAAUUAUUUUUAAGCACAGUUUUGAAUUUUCAAGUAUUAAUUUAUUUUUUCAGUGUCACUUUUACUCGCAUUUCUUUUAGACGUAUAUACAAAACAGGUGUUUUCUUUUCAUUUUUUUUUUGUGUACUUUUUUAACUACCUAUACUUUUUAUCGGCGUGAGUUAAUUUGUGUUUACUGGUGCUUUAACAUUGGCAUUGCAUUACGGACGAAUUUUGAUUUUUGAUCGAAAUAUGCCCUCUUCUAAAUUCGUAGUUUUUACUGGAUAUAUUAUUAUCGUACCUAUUUGCAUAUUACCCUUGUAUGGAAAACGUUACAGCAAAUUGCGUUUUUAAUAAAUGUUGUAGGCGGUUUGAUUUGAUUUUUAAUGUAAUUUUUAAUAUUAACUUAUAUUACUUUAUAUUACUAUAUUCUUCUGCGCAUGUUAUUGUAUUAAUUAUAAUUUCGUCGUGUGCGAUAUGAAUUUUAUUAAAUGGUAUUGCACGAUAA